UCUACACUCUAUUCAUUUCACCUUUCACCUCUCAUUUUUCUUCUUCUUUCUUUAUCUACAAAAAGCCAAACAUCUCUCAAUCUUCAUCAUUCACCAUAAACCAAACAUGUCUUCAAGUGGUAAGGAUUUUGCAGAAGGAGGAGGAUCAUCAACCUCUCCACAAGGGAUCAUCACACUUAGUCGCUAUGAGUCUCAAAAGAGAAGAGAUUGGAACACUUUUGGACAAUAUUUAAACAACCUAAGACCACCGGUUCCAAUUUCUCAAUGCAAUUCCAACCAUGUUUUGGAGUUUCUUAGGUAUUUAGAUCAAUUUGGAAAAACCAAAGUUCAUCUACAAGGUUGUAUGUUUUAUGGACAGCCUGAACCACCAGCACCUUGUACUUGUCCUCUAAGACAAGCUUGGGGAAGCCUUGAUGCUUUGAUUGGGAGGUUGAGGGCUGCUUAUGAGGAAAACGGCGGAACUCCAGAGACUAAUCCUUUUGCGAGCGGUGCUAUUCGUGUUUUUCUUAGAGAGGUUAGGGAGUGUCAAGCUAAGGCUAGAGGUAUCCCUUACAAGAAGAAAAAGAAGAGCACAAGUAAUCCAAGCAAGGGAAAUGAUGAUUCAAGCUCAUCAACCAUGCACUUUUCUUGAAUUUCGAUUCCAAAUAAUGGAUAAUCAAAUUGGAGUUGUAAUGGAGGUUUGGUCGAUGGAUCGAUAAAAUUCUGGCACGCCACUUUUUAAUGUUAAUUUCUAUUAUGUAUAUUUAUUCAUGAUUAUGUAAGCUCCAAUAGUUGAUCUAUGUUGUAUUAUUAAUAUUUCAAACACAUGAAGUUGCUUACCUUGCAUGAAUAUUUUUGGGAUUGGUACCAUGUAACUGUUUUGUUAGCCAAUUUCAUUUAUGUGUUAUAUU